CCCUUGGGUGGGGCAAGGGACAGCAGAGGGGGUAGCCACUCCCUCCCACUCUCCCAGAGACCUUGUGUCUCUCUCUCCAGGCCCUCACUGCUUCCCACUCCAUCCCUUGCACCCUUCAAGAAGCUGCAGAUCUGUGCCUCCCAGGAGGACUCCAGGGUCCACCAUGCUGGUGGCUACUUUGAGUACCUACCUGGGCCUGCUGGUGGCAGCAGCCAUGGCAGUCCCAAACCCUCCCCACCCAGAUGGCUUCCAUUUGCGGCCCACCCAUCAGCGCCAGAAAAGAGACUGGAUUUGGAAUCAGAUGCACAUCGAUGAAGAGAAGAACGUCUCGCUGCCCCACCAUGUGGGCAAGAUCAACUCCAACGUGAACCGGAAGAAUGCCAAGUACCUACUCCAAGGAGAGUUUGUCGGCAAGGUAUUCCAGGUGAACUCAGAGACGGGGGACGUGUACGCCUUUGAGAGGCUGGACCGGGAGAACAUCUCUGAGUACCACCUCACUGCCCUCAUUGUGGACAAGGACACCAACGAGAACCUAGAGCCUCCUUCCAGCUUCACCAUCAAAGUCCAUGACGUGAACGACAACUGGCCCGUGUUCCCGCACCGCUUAUUCAAUGCAUCUGUGCGCGAGAUGUCAUCCGUGGGGACGCUCGUCAUCCGUGUCACCGCCGUGGACGCAGAUGACCCCACCGUGGCCGACCAUGCCUCUGUCCUGUACCAGAUCCUGAGAGGAGAUGAGAAUUUUGCCAUCGACGAUUUUGGACGCAUUACCGUCAAAAACAAAAACUUGGACCGAGAGAAGCAAUCCCAGUACGAGGUGGUAGUGGAGGCGCGAGAUGCCCAGGGUCUCCGGGGAGAAUCUGGCACUGCCACCGUGCUGAUCACUCUGGAAGAUGUCAACGAUAAUUUCCCCGUCUUCGCUCAGGACAUGUACGUAUUUACGGUGCCUGAGGACGUGCGUGUGGGCAGCUCCGUGGGCUCUCUGCUGGUUAUGGACCCGGAUGAGCCUCAAAACCGGAUGACCAAGUACAGCAUUGUGCAGGGCGAGUACAGAGACACCUUCACCAUCGAAACGAACGCGGACCUCAACAGGGGGAUCAUCAAGCCCAUGAAGCGGCUGGAUUAUGAACUCAUUCGACAAUACAUGUUUACCAUUGAGGCCACAGACCCCACCAUCAACCUCCAGUACCUAGGCGGCAUCUCCAGCAGAAGCAAAGCCCGCGUCAUCAUCAACGUCAGCGACGUGGACGAGCCACCUGUCUUCCAGCAGCACUUCUACCACUUCCAGCUACAGGAGAACCAGAAGAAACCUCUGGUGGGCUCAGUGAUGGCCAGAGACCCCGACGAGGCUCGGCAUGCCAUUGGAUACUCCAUCCGCAAGACCAGUGACAAAGGCCAAUUCUUCCGCAUAAACAAACACGGGGCUAUUAACAAUGAGAAAGAACUGGACAGAGAAGUCCACCCCUGGUAUAACCUGACUGUCGAGGCCAGAGAACUGGAUUCUAAUGGACUCUCCACGGGCAAAGAAUCCAUCGUGCAGGUCCACAUUGAAGUUUUGGAUGAGAAUGACAAUGCCCCAAAGUUUGCCCAGCCUUACGAGCCCAAAGUGUGUGAGAACGCGCCGCCAGGCAAACUGGUCAUGCAGAUCUCCGCAAUCGAUGCGGACAUAACACCAAAAAAUGUCAAGUUCAAGUUCACCCUGAACAUGGAUAGCAGCAACUUCACCCUCACGGAUAAUCGAGAUAACACCGCCAAUCUCACCGUGAAGGAUGGACCAUUUGACCGGGAUUAUGCCAAGGUCCACUACCUGCCCGUGCUCAUCUCAGACAAUGGCAUGCCCAGCCUGACAAGCACGAACACGCUGGCAGUGGCUGUGUGCAAGUGCAACGAUCAAGGCGAGUUCACCUUCUGUGAGGAGGUGGCCGCCCAGGUGGGCAUCAGCAUCCAAGCGCUGGUAGCCAUCUUCCUCUGCAUCCUCACCAUCACAGUGAUCACCCUGCUCAUCUUCCUGCGGAGGCGGCUGCGGAACCAGGCCAAGGCCAGCGGCAAGAAUGUGCCGGAGAUCCACGAGCAGCUGGUCACCUACGACGAGGAGGGCGGAGGGGAGAUGGACACCACCAGCUACGACGUGUCGGUGCUCAACUCGGUGCGCCACGGCCGAGCCAAGCCCCAGCGGGUCGCCCUGGACGCCCGGCCUCCCGUCUACAGCCAGGUGCAGAAGCAGCUGCGGGGGGCGCCCGGGGCCCAGGGCGGGCCUGGGGAGAUGGCGGUGAUGAUCAAGGUGAAGAAGGACGAGGCUGACCAGGAUGGCGACGGCCCUCCUUACGACACACUCCACAUCUAUGACUUCGAGGGUUCCGAGUCCGUCGCUGAAUCCCUCAGCUCCCUGGGCACCAAUUCCGAUGACUCCGACAUCGACUACGAUUUUCUCAAUGACUGGGGGCCCAGGUUCAAGACGCUAGCAGGGCUGUACGGAUCUGAUCCCAGGGAGGGGCUGAUAUUCUAGGACUCCCCCAAAUCCAGGGCAGCCUUGGCCAGUUCCGCCCUAGUCACCAAGUCUUCCAGGGAGACACUCCCAGCCCAUCACCCCUCCCUCGUAGGUGCCAAAGACCUUAGGAUCCCCAGGGAGCAAACUCCAGGCCCUCAAUGUAUAGAGAGACCUAUCCCAGUACCCCCUAAAAAGGCCGCAGAGUGAUCAUUCUUGACAGCGCGUGUCUUGGCUGUGCUUGAAUGAUCACAUCAUCCUGCUGUGUCCCCAGAUCACAGAUCUAGCUCAAAGACGUUUUCCUGAUUCUGAAAAGCUGUCAAGCAAAGUAGCCUGUGCAAAUGCUUGUGGAAAGGGAGGGGGGGGCUUUCCCUGAGGUCACUGGACUACACCCCCCUCCACCUCCUGAGAAGGCCCUGAAGGCCCUGGUGCCCGCCUGCUGGGAGACAGCAAGCUAGACACACCUGAAGGACAAGAGACUCUCCGAAGCCUAGUCCUAAGGGAGACACCAUCGUACCUGCUUUCAGUCCCCACACCUGCUGUGACCCCUUCACACGCACCCCCAGUGCCAGACCCCUCCCCAGCCCCUCCCCAGGCCCGGCAACAGGGAGGGAGGGGCCCCAUGGCAGCUCCUGAGCCGGGAUUCCAAGGGGACCCUGUGGGCCUGCCACCACAGUAACUGACACACUGAGGGGUGAUCCAUUCAGGGAACUGGCUGCUGACCUUGAAGCAACUGUGAAUUGAUCCUGGAGGGACGGUGGAGACCUGGGGCCACUCCACACCCACCCUCUCUGGAGAAGAGCCUGGGGGGGCUGAGACCCCCAGGUCUGACAGCCAUCCAGCAUCAACCAGGUUCACCUGUAGGGAGGCAGAUUUCCUGGAACAGAACCACCCCCCCAUCUCUGUCUCACCAGGCUGUUCAUGCUCUCACCUUUUUUCUUUUCUCUCCCUACUUACCUCUGGCUUGGAAAGUCCAAGAUGUUGCCCUCAGCAAGUCUGGCCAGUGCUCAGACGCCAUGACAGAGCGAUGCCAGUGAUCUGCCUUUCCACCUCAUUGUUGCCACAUCUCAGGGAACCAACCCUCGGGCACAGGCUGUGGAAGGCAAUGCCCCCCCCCCACCCCCAGCUCUGCGAACAAGCCUUGUGGACCCAGAAGGGCCGAGAAGGAGACACCUGAACCUCACCCCCCACCCCCUACCCACCCCAGCCGGGCAAGGCACUCACCACAGGCAGCUGUAAAGAACAGACAUUUGUCUAACCAAUCGUUAAUUUACCAUGAUCAUCUUUUUACUAACAAUACUUACCAGCUUCACGCUCUCUUGGAGAGAGAGAAUAAGGGUUUUGUGUAUAGUAUGCAGGUUUCUGUUUAGAUUAACACUUUUAGUUCAGGUUUUUUAGUUAGAGAAACAAUUCCUAUAACCUCCUAUUUCCUGUCCUCAUGGCAAUCACUCUAUAGGCAAUGACUAUAUAUUGAUCACACUGGUGCAUGAGACGUACUGUAAUUUUUUUAUACUUAAAUAAAGGAAAAUCUUGAAAUCUUUC